CUACCCCCGCCCCCAUGCCUUCAUGAUGUCGUUCCUCACCUCCUCCUUGGUCCUCCCCGCCCCGCCGGUCUUGAAGUCCUUGAGGCUGCCAGUCUUGUCGCUCUUGAUCAACGCCCGCGGCGGCUCCAUUGUCAUAUUAUCUGCUUUGUUUGGACCAAGGGAAUGACACCAGUGGCCGACACAAAAGCAUCCAUCCAUUUACCAUCACCCAACUCACUCUCUUCUUUCUGUUUUACUUACCGAUGGCUGCAGGCGGUGAUGGCGGGGCGGCAGCGGCGGCGGCGGCAGCAGCAGCAGCAGGAGCGGCACGGGGAGGAGCGCGUGCCCUCGCCUUGGCCUUGCUCUUGGCCUUCCCCUUCCCCUGGCCUUGGCCUUCGCCAUGUCUCAUGGACAAAACAACGCCUCUGUGGGGGGCGAGCGGAGCCCUCCCCAUCCCUCUCCCUCUCUCCAACACCACCACCACCACCGUCACGACCGGACGACCCUCCUGCUGCCGCUGCCGCUGCUGCGGCGGCGGGUGGUACGAGAGGUGGAGGUAGGAGUGGGGGUGCCAGGGGGGCGGGUGCAGGCGAUGGGCUGAGACCAAGGCCACCACCCAGAUCGAGGCCGAGACCUCCUGAAGGAAACGGUCCGCCCGCGGUCGAGAGAGGGGUGGCAUGGGCAGCAUGUCGGGAUGCUGCUGCGGGUGUGGGUGUGGGCGCCGCCCGCCACUCGCUCUCCUCCUCAAAUGAGUGGCUGGGCGGCGCCAUCCACCAGGUCCCGCACUCGCGCUGGAUCUCCAGCCGCUCAGGGUGCGAACAGAACAGCGCCUCGAACGCACCCAGCGGCGGGUCGCCGACGUCGUGCCGCCAGGAGGCGUCAAACACUUCAUCAUACGCAGGGGGCACAGACGACUGACGAAUCCCACACACACACACACACACACACAUGAACACAGGCACUAUCACGCCCCUCUCCCUCCCCUAUAUGUGUGUGCGAGGUGGCGUACCUUUGCUUCUCCAUCCUCGGGCGCGAGCACGCUGGGCGCCUUGAGUGGUCUGGUGAAGAAUCCGCGUUGGACCCAAGGCGCGCCCCACGGCGGCUGCAGCAGGGUGUUGAGCGUCACGACCCGCACUGUGGGGGGCGAUGGCGAGGGCACCGGGCUGAGCCGAUCCAUGUCCGUCCGCAUCUUGCGCUGCUGCUGCCGGGCCUCCGGUGGCAGCAGCGUCUUGCGACGCUCACGCUUGGCUGAGAGAAACGAGUCCGCCGGCCGUCGAGAGAGGGGUGGCAUGGGCAGCAAGCCGGGCUGCUGCUGUGGGUGUGGCUGUGUGUUGAUGGUGACGGCCUUGAGGGCGCCGCCGCGACGCGGGCACAACUCACACGGCACCUGAUGGAUGCACAAACAAAGCGAGCGACAGGCAGGCAAGAAUGGCACCGUGUCGUCUGAUGCGCUGUGUUGUGUUGUGCGUGGUGUUGUGUGGUUCUCGCAGACUGACCUCCCAAGGGUCCUCUCUCCUGCGGCAGACGUCGCACCGCCACCGGUGCCGCUUCUUGUCUGGCGUCGUGGGCAGUCGAUGUUGCGGUGGCGGAGGCGACAGUGGACCUGAGAAGACAACAGCAACGGACCAUUGACAUGUUUUCCUCUCUGCCUCUCUCCCCCCCGCAUACCGGCAGAUGACUCCUUUGGGCAGAGUACCCGCUUGCCAAGUGUCAUCCGCAGCUCAAACGGCUCAUCUUGACCUAUCGGCCCAUCCGCCCUGGCGCGCUCAAGCAAGGCUGUCAGCCGACGCAGAUCCCAGCCGUUCUCCCCUUCACGCCGCACCGCGGGAUCGCACACAUGUACCGCCUCGCCCUGCCUGUCAUCGAGCGGCCCUGCCACCACGUGCAGAGCGUCUCGAGAGUCCUUUGCGGGCCUCACGCCAAGCUCUUGGACAUCGACUAUGUGGUCGAUGCCGUAGCAGCGGGGAUGGACGUGCACACGGCAGGUGGCACACUCAAUUAGCGGCUCCUCUGUCCCAUCCUGACCACACAACACACACAACACACAUGACAACCACCCUCUAUGUAUGUCUGUGUGUAUUGCCUGCCUGGCCUGCUCUCUCCUGCUGGCUGACUGACCUUGAGGCAGACGGCACACAUGUUGAAAGCGUAUGUGUCGGGUUCGAGAACGAGGCCCAUGGUGGGGGCUCCGUCGGCAUCCUUUUCGGCCUCCUCGCCGUCCUCCUCGCCAGCCCUCUCGCUCUCCUCUCCGUGGGGCGGUGGGAGUGGCGGGGGCUGCUGCUCGUUGGCGGCCUCGUCGCUGUCGUCCUCCUCGCCCUCACCGGCGGGUGGCGGCUGCAGCUGGUCUCCGUGGGGCGGUGGUCGUUGUCAAAGGCCACUCAAUAUAAAAUGUCGGCAGCGAUUGACGACCUGCACAUUGGCAGACAGAGACACAGUGAGGGCGUGUGCCUGUGAGACAUGAUGUUACCAAAGGUUUUCUUACCGACAGUCGUCUCCUUGAGCUUGCCAGCCCUCGCCUCUCUUUGCCUGACGAACUCCCUGCUCUCCCUCCUUUCUUGAGCUUCUGCAGGUCGUCAUCAAGACCUGUGGCUCAACGCACGAACGUACGUGUGUUUCCAUCUGUCUGUGUGUGUGACAUACCACUUGUAGGCAUGCAUCAGUGUCAGCAAGCUUCAAAGUAGAUCGCACGCUAUCCAUCGCCUCUCUCGGAAUAUGUGGGCCCUGCACACGCGACGAAAUGUGUGACAGAGACAACACAGCCGGCCUGUCUGUGCGUAUGUCGUCGGCGUCUGUGUAUGCUUGCCUUGUGGACAGUGACGAGGUGCUGUACCAGCCGCCUGUGGUUCUCACAGUCCACUCGCUGGGGGCUGCACACACACACACACACGCACACACACACAUACACGCAGACACACAUCGAUUCUUCACUCUUGUUGUCCACAUGACCACGUGUGUGCGCGUAUGUCUUGAUCUCACUCACAUAUCGGCAAACGGCAGCCUCUUGAACAAGGGGUAGUACCUGUGUGGAUGCAUCCAGCAACACAGAACGCGUAGAUAGGUGUGCUGUGCGCGUGCUUGGUGUUUGUGACCCAUGUGCCUGCCUACCUCAUCAGACACGAAAGCCUGGACGGUGUAGCGGUGGUGGAAGGUCUCGGGUGACUGCAUGAGCAAACACAACAAACAGGUUGGAUGUCCACGUGUCCCCAAUGUGUCCGUGCGUGUGAGUACGUUGAAAGAGGGCGUCCCAACGAAUAUGUGCUCCAAGGGGUGCUUCACAUCCUCAAGCAGGGCCAAGUCGAAAUCGGUGAGCUUCAGCACGCCGUCCGUGAGGUUGUAGAUUACAUUCAGCGGCUUGAUGUCGCGAUGGAUGACCUGCACACAUGCGACGCGACACACAAGACCCGCCCAUCCACAUACACACAUAGACGCACCUGUGCGUGCGUGCGUGCUUGUAUACCUUAUGUGAGUGCAUGUGGUCGAGCGCCAGAAACAGCUCCCUCAUGAUGUCUUUGACGUUCGCCACCGUCAU